AUGAUUAGAAGCAGCUGGUUGGGUAUUGGUAGACGGUUGAGUACUCUGGCACGAGCAAAUGCGUUCUACACCAAAACCACAUUAAACCCACAGCAAGUGAGUCUAACACCCCCAUCGCAAUUAAGUCCCAAAUCAUUGAUUGUAUUAUCGACCCCAACUCAGCUAAAUGAAGUGAUUGGAAGAAGCAUUGAUUUGCAUCAAGAACAUGAUCUCCAAGUAGUGGUGGCAGGUGUAGACAGUGUUGUGCCUCACAGUCAUCGAAAUGGGAUAUCAGAGUUAUGGUUGGACGAACCAAUUAAAAUUGAAGAGUCAACUCAAUUAGAAGAAAAGGACAGAAAACAUGAACAUCCAAAACAAAGUGACGGAAUACAUAUAGUGACGGCUAAGGAAAAUUGGAAAACCAUUGACUCCAACUUUGAUAUAACCCUCAAUCUGAAAAAUAAGGUCAGACUAUCUUUGGCAAACACUGUUUUCCAAACCCAUCAUUUGGUUACGCUAUUUUAUUUCCAACCUUCGUACAUACAAGAAUCUCAUAACAAUUCCGGACAAACAUUGAGCGAUUUGGCCAUUUCAUUACCUGAAUCCACUAUAAACUUUGGCAAAGCUCAAUCAUUUGAUAAAUGGACCCCGUUGUACGACUCCGAAAGCGAACCAUUACUAAUUCUGAAAUGUACCGGGAACUUAGUGAAAGAGAUUAACAGGAAACCUGCAGCCAAGUUUCUUGAAAACAACGAUAAACUUAUGAACAUUGGGUCUAAAGACACUCAGGUUUUCGUUAAAUUAUACAAACCUAAUCAAGAGUUACCACAGAAGUUCGAAGUCAUUGCCGGCGGUGGUGGUUGGGGUGCUAAGGCUAACAUGCUUGCUAUUUCCCCAGAAGCAAAACUCAGUAUUGGAGAUCGGAUUGAGUUCUUCAUGCUAACUCCUGAGGAUCGUUUCAAUCCCAAUCCAGAACUCGAUACAACGCUUCAAAAUGGCUUCGUGUUUGAAUGUAGCUACGAAAAUGUCACCUACAAUGAGACUUUUGGCAAUGAUGGUGAAACCAUUGAGAUGCAAAAUCUCUUUGGAUGCGGCAGUGAAAAGGGAUUCAAGUUGAACAACAUCAACUUUGCCUCUGCUGGAGAAAGAUUGCUUAUAGAUACCUAG